CCUUGUAUCUUCUAUCCCUCCCUUCCUCCUUCAUCUCUCUGCCUUGGAUUCCUCGCCUGUCAACUUGCGAGGUCGCAACGGAUCUGAUAUUCCCGUACCUUUCUCCCUUCCGCACGUUGUUGAUUUCUUUGUAGAUUGCAUCGUGCUUUGCGGGCUUGAGAUUUGUGAAGAAGCAGCAUCCAGUGUUCUGGAUAAGAAUCAAACGUGAUGGAUCAUUAUUAUUGUAUAUAAGUUUUAGAUGAAUAUUGAUCCACUGCCAUUCCAUGCCUUCAAGGAUGGGGGAAGUGCAAGGCUCACCGUCACCGCCAUGGUCGGACCUCCCUUCGGAGCUCCUCGGCCUGGUGUUCCUCCGCCUCCCCACUCGUGCUGACCGGGCCUUCUUUCAUGCCGUUUGCCGAACGUGGUGCUCCGCGGCGCGACACUGUCGCUUGCCCCCGCCAUCGCCGGUGCCGUGGCUCGUGCUUCCUGACGGCAGCGCCACCAGCUUCCCUCGUGGCGAGACCUUCCAGCUCCCGACCGGCAUGCGCCACCACAACUCUUAUGGCGAGUGGCUUCUCCUGUCACGCAAUGACGGCAGCUGCUUGCUGAUGAACCAGUUCACCAAGGCCACUAUGCCCCUUCCUAGCCUGUCUUCGCACAGCUACUACCAAGAGCCUGUGGGAGGCAACGAAGAUUAUCUGGUUCCUGAGGUGCGAGGCACCUGGUUGGACAACAAAGACAAAGAUGAAAUAUUAGUAACCUCCUUGGUUGUGUGCUCCACGCGCCUCAUCGCUGCCAUAGUUGCUAUUAGGUCUUACAGUACAAUUGCUCUGUGCUGACCAGGGGCUGCUGCAUGGUCAGUGAGAGUACAUGAGGUGUGCAGGUUCUCAGAUAUGGUCUUCUUGCAAGGGAAGAUCUACGCUCUUGACCGCAGCGCCAUGCCCAUGCCUGGGUAUCUUAUUGCUAUAGACAUUGUGGAUGAGUAUGACAGUGAGCCAAGGGUGUCUCGGAUUGAGUGCGUCAUCGAGGGAAUCUCAUUUCCACUCCAAGAAAAGUUCUUCUGGGUGCCUUAUCUCCUUGAAUUCCAUGGCACACUGCUAAUGGUCUGCAAAAAACUUUCCUAUAAAAUAGAGCACCAAUCUGGAAAUUUCUCUAUCAUUUUUGUGGCUGGUGGUAGUGGGUUUGUAGUGUUUGAGGCUAAUCUUGAGCGGCACUUGUGGGCUGAGAUGAAGACUUUGGGGAAUGACCAAGCAUUGUUCCUUGGGCGAGGGUGCUCCAGAGCUGUCCAUGUGUCUCCCUACGAUCUUUCACGGGACUGUAUCUUUUUCCUGGAUGAUUUCACUGGGUAUUGGAAGAAAACAACUACAGCUUGUGAACUGUAUGACAUGAAAGAUGAGAAGAUCUAUUCACCCUUGCCUAUGGUAUCACGUAAGAGUGGAAAAGUUCCUGCAAUCUGGAUAUUCUCACCGGGUGAGAUAGGUAAAGCUGCAAACGGCAGGGGAGAUGGAAUGUGAGGAGGCGGAAGCUUCGAUGCUUAUAUGUGGAGGGACUUGUUCUGCUAACCCCUCUACCACUCUACACGGAGCAGAGCUACUAGAAAAAGGGUUAAAGAAAUAUCUUCAUGUGGCCAUAUUUUCCUAAACAUGCACAAAUGGCUUCGAUGUCAUUCACAUGUGUUUGAUUUGGAUAUUACUAGCUAUUACCUGCAUUAAAAAAACUGACCAGCUUGUUGCAUGAUACUGUCAUUGUUUUUGUGAGCAUGGUAUUUGCUUGAAACACCCGUUCUAGUUAGAAUGUUGUGAUUGUUGUCUACUUUGGCCUUUGGGUAUGAGUGACUGCUUGAACCGUGGUUUCUAAUAUAGUGCUUUUGGUUCAGCGUU